UAGUAUUAUUUUUGACCCGUUUGCUUUGAUUUCUCUUCCCAUCUCCUGUGAGAGGCUGUCUCCUCCCGCACCUGUCCGAGGAUUAUGAAGAUUCUUUCGCCCUGAUCCUUGUAGGCGAUCGCAGCUAUGGCGGUCGCGAAGGAGAUCUUCUCGAUUCGGGAGUACGCCGGGAAGAUGAGGGGCGUCGACUAUGAGAAGUGCUGGCCGUUUUUGGAGGACAGGGAAGGGCGAUUGCUACCUCCGAUGCCAGUUCGGAAGUUUCGGUGGUGGGCAGACGCGUUGCGGGAAGUUCGAUCCCUGGUCGAGGCGGCUGAUCGCGUUGAUUUGGAUAAGGUUGCCGUGGAUACUGCUGCUGUCGCAGUACGGGAAGGUAACUUGAUAGAGCCCUCUAACACCAGCCUGGAAGGAGAAAGGGAGACUUCAGCGGAGGAGCGGCAGGGUAGAACCCGACAUCCUACCGCCCGGGCAAAACAAAGAACACCUAAGAAGAGGUCCAUCAUCGAGCUCUUUGCAGUGGCGCCCCCGAUACGUGGCAUACAUGAGGAAGAUCGCCAGGAUCAAUGGCGUGGUGGCGGAAAGCAGCAAGGAGCUGCCUUCGCAUCACAUAUCAAUUUGGGGGUUGGAGACGGGAUUGAGAUAAGUAAAAGAAAGAAGCGGAGUAAAGAUGAACCAGGCCGGAAGAUGCUGAUGGAAAAGAUUGGGACAAAGAAAAAGUUUAAGCCUAAGACGAAGCUGAUGAAGAAACACAAGCAGGUUGAGAUCCGUGCUACCAAUAAGCCCUUGCUCACCCAGGAGGAAGCUUGUAAGCUCAACAUGUCAUCCCCUGCUGAGUUGUACAAAAUACUGAAAAGCAAAGUGUAUGAGAAGCAGUUUGCAAGGAUGCAUAAAAGACUUGUUCAUAAACAGGUGAAGACGGCAACCAUUCAAACCUUACUGAAGAAACAUAUUUUCAGACUUGCUCAGACUUCAAAAUUUGUACCUAGAAGUCAGGAGGCGACAAGGAUUCCUCCUGGAACUACUAGAGUCAAGAAGAGAAAAUGGAGCAAUUCUACAAAGAAAAGAAAGAAAAGGGAGAAGAUAUUGGAUAGUGAUCUUGUUGAGCUUUGUCAUGAUCCAACCACAAGUUUGACUAUUGGUAAAGAUGAUACUCUCGUGCAUGACAGAGUUAGUUUGCCUCUGCAGUUGCCUCAUUUGGAAACCCUCUGUAAAAUAGUUUCUGAUGUCUUGGCUGCAUCAUCAACUAUGGGCAGUUUAAAUAGAUAUCCUUCUACUACAGAAGGAGCUCAGUUAAACAUGAUCGAUGAAGAAACACAAACAAACUUGAAUGAUAAUGGACUUAGUACAAGCACCAUGCGAACUAGUGAAACUUCCUCAGAUAAGCAACUUGGUGAUGGUUCAGUUCAUACUACUGCAAAUCCCUCAAUUACAAAGAGGGACCCCAUGAUUGAAUCUUUGGAUCUGAAUCAUCCAGUUAAGGAAAAUUUGGAUUUAAAUUGCAUUUGUCCAGACAGCUCCACAUCAAUGCCUAGUUCCAGUUGCUCAGUUGACAUGAAUAAUCUUGGAUCGGUAAAUAAUGGUAGGCUUGAUCCAGAAAAUGGUAUUUAUCAAGAACAAAGUUUUUCUAUAUCAUCUGAUCAUGCAAACAGGUCACACAAUCCUAUAGGCAAGUGUAUUUCAAUUUCCAAUGCACGUAGUGCUCUUAGUCUUCCCAGGAACCAAGAUAAUAUCCACUGGUUAUCUUGUUUAGGCCAAAGCCACUUGAACACAAUUGCUGGAAAUACUCAUUUAAUUUGCCCAGAAAUGGAUGCGUGCAAUGAUUUCCCUAAACUUCAGCAGGCAUACUAUCUAGCAAAAGAUAAAUUAGCUAGCACUUGCUCUUCAUUUAAUCCGAAAACUCUUGUAGAACCAACAUCAAUUGGAGAGCCAAUUUGGAGGAACAAGUGCAACGAAGGUUAUAUUGGAUUGCCCCUUAAUUCACAGGGAGAGCUUAUCCAAUUGCAUCCAAUGACAAGGCAUGUUUCAUGUGAGAUAGAUAAGUUUCCUAAACCAGAACUGAGUUCUCUUCAAUAUUGUCCAUCUUCUAGUCAUUUGAAGCCGCAGUCUAGCUAUAUCUGGACUAGAGGCAAGUUUCCUUUUCUUUCACCAAACUAUGAUGCUGAUCAGAAUUGGUUCUUGAAGCAGUAUAAUCCUGCUAGACAAGUAGGAUUAUCUGACUUGGGUUCUGUUGGAGUUCAAGCUCUUGAGAAAUUGAAGAAUCAGACCUAUGAUGAAAAGGCUCAAUUUAACCACUGUGAUCCUGCACAAGUGAUAUCCUCAUGUCACGAUUGCAGAGACCAUAUUAUAACUGAAAGUUGCUUUGAUAGGAUGAAGUUUCAUUCAGAUAGGGAAGUUGAGCUAGGCUUGCAAUCUGACAUCCAACCAACAAUGCGCUUGAUGGGAAAAAAUGUGACAGUUGGCAGCUACAGCAAAGAAUGCCAUGGAUCUACAAGUUGCACCAAUAUGAGGUUGUAUAACGAACCUGUUUUGAAGAGAUGGCCUUACGAGGAUUGCAUUGUUCAGCAAUCUGGGUCAGCAAGACAAAUCCCCUUUAGCUCAAUAGAUAUCCCUUCACGCUAUUGUUGCAUUUCAGCAGAUAAACUUGCACCUAAUUGUAUGCAUCUUGGUUUUGGACAAGAUUGGAUGUUAAAUGGUGGAUGCUCCUCAACCAGUGGAGAUCGUGGGUUUCAUAUUGGCCUUUCUCAAAGUCCAGUUCCCGGUCAAUCAUUUCUGAAUAGACACACUGUGGUCCAUAGUAGAGUGGAAACACAGUCUGUUAAGGGGCAAAGGAAGAUGUUUUGGGGUCCAUAUCCCUCAAACUUACAUCACCAUAUGCUACUAGAUUCAAAUCAUUGCAAGCACAGUCAAGGUUUAUCUUUUAGUGUUCCAUCAAAUUCUCAUCCCACUUAUCUCAGUCAAAUCUCUACCCAAGCAUCAAGAGCAACAGCCAUACAAAAGCUUCCACAUUGGAUGCAAGAUUCAACAAGUUCCCAUCUUCAUUUUGUUCGUUAUCCUACAGUGUACCAUUCAUGCAACAUGCUGGCCAGUGGUGGUUAUCCCCAUGCUUCCCCAUAUCCAAGACAAGUUGUAUCUUUCCCUUCCAGCAGUUCACAUCCAUGUGAAUCAUAUGUUCCCACUUCUACGUUUGAUCCUCCAUCAAUGACAACAAAAAAUUUCAGCUUCACAUCCUCAAACUAUGGAGACAAAAUCAGAGUCAAUGAUGGUGGGGGAUUUAGCUUUGCUCAUAAUGAGAGUCAAGAUCAUUAUAACAAAGGGAAAAAGAGAUUUGCUUCCUCAGAAGAGAAAAAUGUAGAAACAGCAAAGAGGUCUAACCUCAAACUGCAAGACUUAAAUCUUAUGACAUCAGGGAGCAGAGAACAGUCGCUUGGACAAAAAGAUAACCCAAUUGCAUCAGAAGUGAAUGCUUGUGUCAGUUCAGCAGUUGAUGUCAGUCCUCCAGUUACAAAUAAUGAAAAAGAUAAUGUGGUAGUUUCAGGUGGGUUUGUUCCCUCAAAAUCUAGCCAUAAAAGAUCAGGGCCUGUCAAACUUAGCGCAGGCGCAAAGCAUAUACUGAGGCCCAAUGGAAGUUUGGAUCAGGAGAAUUCUCGACCAAUUUAUUCUACUAUAUAUUUUACUCAAGCAACUAGUUCUGGCAAAGAUGUCAUUCCAAAGGAGAAAGCAGCAAAAGUCUACAGGUUUUAAACUCUUACCGUGUCAUUCCCACCAUGCAAUGGAAUUUCAAAAUGGAACUUUGGUUUGAUUGGGACAUCUAUGGCUUUGAUGAGUAAUGCCUAUUCCUUAUGCCGUAUGCUUAUGACGGGGACCAAAUGGUAUUUAAUAUUCCUCUUGUUUAAACUAAUUAGAUAAAACAUUGUGCUUAUGUCCCUCUGUAUUUUCUAGCUGUCAUGGACACUGUUAAACUGUAUCAGCCAGUUGUGUAUUUUGUUAAUAUUCUGUAUCUUUGAUCACAUCCUGGGUUGGUUCUCUA